ACAGUCCUCGGAUGAUUCUGUCCCUCUUUCUGCUUUAGGCUUACACGAACAAUCCAAAAAAAAAAAUAAAUUCACUGAGUGAAGAAGAGAAAAUCCGAGACAAUCCAAAUCGCUCAGAAUCGGAUCCCCAACAAACAAUACUUAAUUUCUGAAAUGGUGAAGAAGAAAGUGCCGGAUUGGCUCAAUAGUUCUCUCUGGUCCACCGCUCCUCCUCCUUCCGACGACGAUCGCCUACACCGCCACUCCACUAAGCCAAUCGCCACCGCCACCGUGGAUCCACCGCAUGUUACCGCCGCCGCUCCUGUUCCCGCACGUCCUCCUCAAGCUCCUGCUCCUGCUCCUGUUCCCGCACGUCCUCCUCAAGCUCCUGCCGUCGGUUCGACAGUUCAAAAAGAGCCUCCGAAGCCACACGUCAUAGUACACAAUAGUGAUAGCAACAGCAAUAACCAUAGAAAUGAUGAUGGAAUGGACAAUUCUGCUCAGGCUUUGCUCUUGCCCGAGCUGUCGAAGAAAGUGAUAAAUAUGAGGGAAUUACGGAGGAUAGCUUCACAGGGCAUACCUGAUGGCGGGGGCAUUCGAUCGACUGUCUGGAAGCUCUUACUGGGUUAUUUACCACCAGAGCGUGGGAUUUGGUCAUCUGAAUUAGCCAAGAAGAGGUCUCAGUACAAGCACUUCAAGGAGGAGCUUUUGAUGAAUCCUUCAGAAAUUACAAGGAAGUUGGAAAAAUCUGAUAAUGAUGACCCCAAAAGUGAAAGUAGAGGUAUGCUCUCAAGAUCAGAAAUUACUCACGGGGAGCAUCCUUUGAGCCUUGGAAAGACCAGCAUCUGGAAUCAAUUUUUUCAGGACACAGAAAUCAUGGAGCAGAUUGAUCGAGAUGUAAAGCGCACUCAUCCAGACCUGCAUUUUUUCUCUGGAGACUCCCCUUUUGCAAAAUCUAAUCAGGAGGCUUUGAAGAAUAUAUUAACUGUCUUUGCAAAGUUAAAUCCUGGUAUUAGAUAUGUCCAAGGGAUGAAUGAAAUUUUGGCACCUCUGUUCUAUGUAUUCAGAAAUGACCCUGAUGAGGAAUUUGCGGCCUCUGCAGAAGCGGACACAUUCUUUUGUUUUGUUGAGUUGUUGAGUGGAUUUCGGGAUCAUUUUUGUCAGCAACUUGACAACAGUGUGGUUGGAAUCAGAUCCACAAUCACAAAGUUGUCGCAGCUUCUUAAGGAACAUGAUGAAGAGCUUUGGCGUCACCUUGAGGUCACAACUAAAGUCAACCCCCAAUUUUAUGCAUUUAGGUGGAUUACUCUCCUCUUGACUCAGGAAUUCAAUUUCGCAGACUGCCUUCACAUUUGGGACACACUUCUGAGCGACCCAGAAGGCCCACUGGAGAGUCUGCUGCGUAUAUGCUGUGCAAUGCUAAUUCUGAUUAGAAGGCGAUUGCUAGCGGGGGAUUUCACUUCGAAUCUGAAGCUACUCCAGAAUUAUCCACCUACGAACAUAAGCCAUCUACUCUAUGUUGCAAACAAGUUGCGUAGUCGUUCCACUGCCUGAUUUUGUUCCAUUUUACAAUUUCCCCUUGUUUGCAUAUUUCUGCUGUUAAACAUUUAAUGUUUGUAAAUUACUGGAUGUAAAUGUUGUUCAAAGUUAUGGGCUAACAUGCAGGGGUUAAAUGUCUUUUUCUUUUUUUUUUUUAAAUCUUACAUUAAUUAAUUGUACCUUUAUGCAAGUGUCAUUUGUUUUUAAUUCAAGAUUGGAGGGAAUUUGGAUUA